AUGAGAGAUGUACCAGCAUGGUUAAAGACACUACGUCUGCACAAGUACAGCUACCUGUUUACCAACUUGUCGUAUGAGGAUAUGCUUGAUUUAACCGAGGAGAAGCUUGCCGAGCAAGGAGUAACCAAGGGUGCACGUCAUAAGCUCGCUCUGUCGAUUCUCAAAUUGCAACAGCGUUAUCAUACCCUGCUAGAUCUGGAGAAGGACUUGGUACAACCGCAAACCAAUCAGUCCGCGUCGUUUGGACAGAAACCAUUGUUGGUAGGAGCUCUUGACGAGCUCAAGACUAUACUUGCAACGCCGCUCAAACCAAGUCGUGAUGGCGAUGUUCACGAUAUACCCAUGCAGUUCACUAAGGUUCUUGGUAAAUUAUGCAGCAGACUGGCUCUGGAAAAUGUAGACGAUGCGGUUUUAUGCUCCUGCAUAACCAUUCUUGAGAAGGUGUUGCAACACGAUUGCUUUACUCCCAGCCAGAAGGAAAAAGUACAACAAUGGCGCAGUCGUCUUGGCAAUCCCAGACCAACUCCUAAAUGGCAGCAUAAUAAUCAUGCAUUCUUCAACAGGAGAUACUCAAACUCACAGCAGCAUAGCCGAAAGCCCAGUUUAAACCUAGGACAUAUUGGAAAUAGCAAAUCAACGAACAACUUUAUGGUACAGCCGCACAGAAACAGUAUAUCGACUCCGUAUUUACAGUCCAGCUCCAGUCAGACAUCGAAUCAAAACAAUCUUGGACUCGUUCAAGCACCCGAAAAACGGCCCAGUCUCCAGGAGAAUAGCCUAGAGCAAUUGCAGAGAACGCUACAGCGCACUUAUAGUGCUCCAAGAGAUAAUUUCCUUGGUCACUCGAGCAACGCUUUAGAGACGACUGAUCCAGAGAUAAACUCGUGUUUAGAGUCAUUGUGCUUGCGCAUGACCGAGCAAGCGAUCGGUGGCUUCGGCGAAGUCUAA